AUGGUGGAGAAGGACUCCAACCAGGGUCAAAUGAAGAAGAACCUUACAGCACACCCCCGAGGAUGCCUUUCAGUAUUCCCUAAUGCUCUAGCUGCAAUCUUACGCGGUGUCGCUCGAGGCUGGAAGGCAUUUGCUAAUGGUUCACUGCGGUUAUGGAGAAAGGGCUGGACGGCGGAGACAUGUAGUUGCAUUUUUGCGCUGCUGUCGUUGAUCGGCCUUGUUCUUACACUCAUGGCUCAUCAAGAUCGCCCCUUGCCAGAUUGGCCUCAGAUUGUUAGCAUCAACUCUAUCGUCUCUCUGUUCUCCAUGAUGAUUAGGGCUGGAGUAAGCAUGGUACUCGCCGAGGGGAUCAGUCAAUCGAAGUGGCAAUGGUUCCGCAAAGCACGCAAGCUUGAUGACAUGGCAAAAUUUGACUCCGCCAGUCGUGGUGCAUGGGGCUCUGUCUUAUUCAUCUUCGGUCUCAGGAUUAAGAAGCCUUACUUUAUCGCUGCGAUGGGCGCUCUUGUCACCGUCAUGUCGGCCUUUACUGGAUUCGCUGCUCAGCAACUUGUUGUCUUCAAUGAUUGCCUCCGUACUGAUGAAAGUGCCGCAGUCGGAAUACGCAGGUCUAAUUUUUACAACGCUAGUGGAGAAAGGAUAGCUGCACAAAGGUUCGACGAAUUCCUUCCCAUGAGUGUAGCUAUGGAUGUUGGGAUACUUCAACCGCUCGAGGACACGACUACCCUUCUUUCUUACGGAUGUAAAACUGGUAAUUGCACCUUUCCGGCUGCAAAUGGAUCGACCUUUUCAACUCUGGCUACCGACCACUGGUGCGAAGAUGCUACAUCGGAAGUAGUGGAAGUACCACUCAACUACGACGAUGCUGAAUACUACGGCUAUUUACCGACCGAGUUUUUGAUUCAAAUGGACUGUGGUGGCAGUCCCGAGGCGUGUGCUGAGGAGAUGAGUAGCAGUUCACUGAAUGGUACCAACGGGACGGCUGCCCUCACAACUGAUUAUGAAUUCACUAUGAGAAACGGCACAAAAGCAAGAAACAUUGGUCUUUCUCUGCCGCUUUCCGACAACCUCCUUGCUUACCCCCCAGUCAAGUUUUUGCUUGCCGGUUGGCCUGGAUCCAUCGUUACUGGCGUAUCACAAGGACAACUUGGUUACAAUGGCACCAUAUCGACGAUAGGCAUGAUAUACGUAUCGAACUCCACACGCGAGAACUACGAGUACAAAGCAAUAAGAUGCGGGAUAUAUCCUACAGUUAACACAAUGGAGGCGACAUACCACAAUGGUAUCUUGAAGGAAAAGCUGAUCAAGAGCGUUCGUAUUGGUGAAGACGUAGCAGCCUCUGGCUUCGAUACUGUCUUCCGCCUAGCCACGAAGCAAACCCUCCGCAACGGCACAGAAAUUACCUGUGAUGAGCGAACCACUGACACACCCGGCUAUCUGCCCGUCGCGAAAGUUAACAUCGACGCCGCACCCAUCAAUACAACCUACCUGGACGUGGAAGGCCCAGGUGCGGAAACUGUGUGGUACCCCGAAGACUGCGUUUGGGCCAUGACGCUCACGGCUACGUCUAGUAUUCGGCAACAUCUCGGAGCCAUUUACGACGCGCAGUUCCUCGUGUUUGUACCAAAUGGCCGCUCUGGAUCUGCCGCCAUGCGUGUCUUGUGGAAUGAUGGCGAAAUGCGAAAUGCGCCUUUAGACCACGUCAGCAGUCUGAUGACAAACCUCACCACCGCCAUGAACACUGUCCUCCGUACCCACGGCAUGCCGGGUUUUAACAAGCCUGCUGAAGGGACAAUGUGGUACACAACAACUUGUAUCAACAUAAAUUGGACGUGGGUCGCCUUUCCUGCUACGAUGAUAGCACUUUCAGCUAUUUUCCUCUUACUAGUGCACCUUGAGAGUAGGGGCGUGGAGAGCGAGAGGCUGUGGAAGAGUUCGAUAAUGGCAAUGUUGUUUUGCGAGAUGGAUGAUAUCAUUACGGGUGAGGCUAGGCCGGUGGGCAGACAGCGGUUGGAAGAGGUCGCUGCAAGUACUAGCGUGAGUCUAGAGAAAGAUCAGGGGAGUCUGAAGCUGGUUGCUAGACAGGCUUAA